AUGACUGUCGACUUCGAUCUUAGGUCGAACUAUGUUCAAAUAAUUAAUGGUAAGAGCUCUACUACGGAGUUCACUCGCCAUGGCUUGAACCCCGCGACCUUGGAAGUCCUGCCAGAGGUUCCAGUUGCAACACCAGAGGAUCUUGAGAAAGCCACUGCGGCCGGAAAAGCUGCCUUCAAGCUCUGGUCUGCGACGCCACAUGAGGAUCGGAAGAAGGCCGUAUUGGCAUAUGCAGACGCUAUUGAUCAAUACAGGGAUCAGUUCCGAGAUCUCUUGAUCACCGGACAAGGCAAGCCAAUUUUCCAAGCGACGCUCGAGAUUAAUAAUGCUAUUGAUUGGAUUCGAGGAAUGGCUAGCCUUCCAGCUAUCGAAGACGUUAUCGAAGAUGAUGAGACAAGGACGGUGAUAACAAGACAUGUUCCUCUCGGUGUCGUUGGGGCUAUUGUGCCGUGGAACUUCCCCUUGAUGCUCGCAACCGGAAAGAUUGCACCUGCUCUUUUGACUGGUAACGUCAUUAUUGUGAAGCCUUCCCCAUUUACACCAUACGGCGGCUUGAAGCUUGUCGAACUAGCCCAGAAGUUUUUCCCUCCGGGUGUGGUGCAGUCUUUGAGUGGCGAUAAUAACUUGGGACCCUGGCUCACAAGUCAUCCCGGUAUUGACAAGAUCAGCUUUACUGGCUCUACCACUACCGGAAAGAGAGUAUUACAAAGUGCUAGCGGAACACUGAAACGCGUAACCCUUGAGUUCGGUGGAAAUGAUCCUGCCAUUGUGUUCCCCGACGUUGACAUCGAAAAGGUGGCCGAGAAGGUUGCAUUCUUCGCAUUCUUGAACUCGGGUCAGAUUUGCCUCAAUUUGAAGCGAAUUUAUGUGCACAGCUCCAUUUUCGAAAAGUUCAGGGAUGCCUUAGUUCGCCAGGUGGAGUCUUACACUGUCGGCGAUGGUUCUAAGGCUGGAAUUAGCCACGGACCUCUUCAAAAUGAUAUGCAAUACUCGCGUGUAAAGACUUUCUUCGAUGAUAUCGAGAAGCAGGGCUGGAAGGUUGCUACUGGUGGUCGGAUUGAGCCCUCAUCUGGGUACAUGGUCACUCCCACAAUUAUUGACCGACCCCCCGACAACUCCCGAAUUGUAGUCGAGGAGCCAUUUGGUCCGAUUGUACCUCUGCUGUCGUGGGAUGAUGAGACGAAGGUUAUCGAGCGUGCUAAUAACACCUCGAUGGGACUUGGCGCUUCAAUUUGGACCGCUGAUCUGGACCGCGCGGCUCGAGUUGCACGCCAGAUUCAAGCUGGUACUGUUUGGACUAAUGAUCACUUCAGCUUAAGCCCUACCGCUCCCUUCGGUGGUCAUAAGGAGAGUGGCGUUGGCGUUGAGUGGGGUCUGAAUGGGCUGAAGGGUUUCUGCAAUACCCAGACUUUGUUUUUGAAGAAGAGCGUGUGA